AUGACUAAAUUCGGCCUCAAAAUCAAGACCAAGAGCGAAGUCAGUGUGGCGCCCCUCAACAACGGGAACACUACCUCUGAGGCGAACAUUCGGGACAUACAAUGCAGGAUCAAAGACCUUGAGGAUAAGGUGGCGCAGCUAGAGCUCCAGAGAAAUUGCCAGCACUGCCAGGGUGCGGCAGGCCUUGAGAGUUUCAGUCUUUGCCGUUAUGAUGGCGAUGGUAGUUCCUCGAGGGCCACGACGAAAGAUCACGCGGAUAUCGCAGAGAACAAUGCCUCACGUCGUGGGAACAAAGACGAGUACCGCAAGAUUCAGGAAGACAUGUUACUGCCUGAGCAUCACUACGACCAACAAACUACAAGAGAAAGACUCGCGAUCCGCCUCAUCCACGAGUCAAACUCCACUCCUACAACUCCUCACAAAAGGCCCAUCAUGUGCAACACCAACACCAACGCCCGCGCGCCAAUCGCCAGCAGCACCCGCGUUGCCGCCACCAACUACACCUGCAACAACAACAGUGGUGGCAUCGUCGUCAAUAUCCCGCCCCGGACCAACGGCGACAUCUACUUGUAUUUUUACAAACCCGACAGCUCGUCAUCCGCACUGAGCACCCAGGAGACCUCGGCGAGGAUGAAGGAUCUCGAGGACAAGAUGGAGGACCUCCAGAGCAGCUACCGGCCAUGCAGCUGCGCGCUGUCGUCGCCUUCUCUGCCUGGCAGACGAAUGUGA